GUUUACUUCAGACACUGUCAACUUUGACAUGUCUUUUACGUCUCUUAUGUCUCCCAGUGGCGUUACUCGCGUUUAGUCGUAACUCAAAUAAACGCAACGAUGUCGGGAGGAUUAGAUGUGUUGACUCUCAACGAGGAAGAUGUCACCAAAAUGUUGGCGGCAACAACCCAUCUUGGCGCUGAGAAUGUUAACUUUCAGAUGGAAACCUACGUGUACAAGCGUCGUGCUGACGGGACUCAUGUGAUUAAUUUACGUCGCACAUGGGAGAAGCUGGUGUUGGCCGCACGUGCCGUGGUUGCUAUUGAGAACCCUGCUGAUGUGUUCGUGAUCUCCUCACGUCCUUUUGGUCAGCGUGCCGUGCUUAAGUUCGCUGCACACACCGGCGCUACUCCAAUUGCAGGAAGAUUCACACCUGGUGCCUUUACUAACCAGAUUCAAGCAGCAUUCAGAGAGCCCCGUCUGUUGAUUGUACUGGACCCUGCUCAGGACCACCAGCCAAUUACUGAAGCUUCAUAUGUUAAUAUUCCUGUUAUUGCUUUCUGCAACACUGAUUCGCCGUUAAGAUUUGUGGAUAUUGCUAUCCCGUGCAACACCAAGUCAUCACACUCCAUUGGUCUGAUGUGGUGGCUCCUGGCUCGUGAAGUUCUCCGUCUGCGAGGAGUUCUCCCACGCGAUCAACGUUGGGAUGUUGUAGUCGACUUGUUCUUCUACAGAGAUCCUGAAGAGAGUGAGAAGGAAGACCAACAAGCUAAAGAACAGGCUGUUGUUGCUGCUAAACCUGAAGUGGCAGCUCCAGUGCACGAGGACUAUAGCGAGCCCGUGGAGCCCGUGACCUCAUGGACUGAAGAUGCUGCACCCGUUGCUGCUACAGCUGCUACUGCUGCUGCUGCUACAACCUUCGGUGCUGCUCCUGCUCAACAGGACUGGGCAGCUCAGGUACAAGAAGAGUGGGGACCAACUGUGGCUGCUACUGUUCCUGCCGCAACUCCUUCAUGGGGAGGUUCUUCACAAGACUGGAGUGCUACAUAAGGACAGUGGUCUUCAAAUUAUUUGAAAAUAUAAAUUGAUAAAAACCUAA